UUACGCCUACCUUACGAGCUACGAAGGAAAAUAUAUCUGUAUUCACUACCUUAUACGGAAACCAAGGUCUCAGCAGGAAGUCUGGUUUCCACCACUGGAGGUUCUAAUGCAGCGUCCUCGGCGCAUAAAAUCCAUCUGGCGAGUCUGCCAAGUGCAAAGUAUACGGCGAAUACCACCCUUUGGCAUCGAGGCAAUACUGCUCUAUUGGCCGCGAGCAAGCAACUGCAUGACGAGUGUGCGACACUGCUGUAUGGGCAAAAUGUAUUUGUGCUCUGGGUGUCUUAUGAUACGAUUCAGUUCCGCUUCCGGUGGGUGUUGGCUAGUGGAUUGGCGCCGUCGUGUGCGUUUGACUUUUUGCAGUUGAUCAAAGGGAGGUAUUUGGGGUUGGUGAGGAAGGUUGUGGUUACUGUUGAUGUGGUUGAUGAGUAUACGGGUAUGAUCAAGUUUAAUGUUGGGGGUAGCGGGUUGGUGCAUGGGUUGAAGCUGCAAGUUGCGAAACUAACCAAGGCAUUG